ACCCCGCCCUCCAUUCUCAUUAGCUUUCAGGCCUCCGUCUCUCCUCCUUUUAACAGACAUUGCAGAAACAUCGCCCCAAAAUUUUGAAUCCGUUUCAGAGGGAGACUGAGAGAGUGAGAGAGAGAAAGAGCGGGAGCGAGUAAGAGAGAGAUUCAGGGGAAGAAUAUCAGUGUUCAUCUGAAUCACUUCAUUCCGGUAACAACCGAGAGAAUUCGGUCUUCCUUCGAACCGCUUCAUUCCGCUAAUAAAUUUCAGGACUCACGAUGAAGUUAUAUACUUCGUUGCUGUUCUUCGCGGUUUUUCUCUUCGGUUAUUCCGCAGCUUUUGAGUUACGUGAGGGACAAACGUGCAUCGCGGACAGAAACUGCGACGACGGGAUGCAUUGCGAAACUUGCUUCGCGAAUGGCAAUAUCAGACCCCGGUGCACCCGAAUUCAGCCGACCAAUGCUCUUUCCAAGGUGAAAAACUUGCCAUAUAAUCGGUACUCGUGGCUGACUACUCACAAUUCCUUUGCCAGAGUUGGGGCAAAGUCAACAACAGGAAGCAUGAUUCUUGCUCCAUCGAACCAGCAGGACUCCAUUACUAGUCAGCUGAUGAAUGGAGUCAGAGGGUUGAUGCUCGAUAUGUACGACUUCGAAAAAGAUAUCUGGUUAUGCCACUCCUUUGCGGGGAAAUGCUACAACACCACAGCUUUUGAACCUGCCAUAAAUGCUUUGAAAGAGGUCAAAGUGUUUCUUGAAGCAAAUCCCAAUGAAAUAGUCACCAUAUUCAUUGAAGAUUACGUUACAUCUAAGAAUGGCAUCAGAAAUGUUUUUAAUGCAGCUGAGUUGAGCAAAUUCUGGUUUCCGGUCUCUCGAAUGCCAAGAGAUGGUGGAGAUUGGCCAACAGUUGCUGAUAUGAUCAAAGAGAACCAUCGGUUAGUAGUCUUCACUUCUAAAGAACAUAAGGAAUCUUCAGAAGGCAUUGCAUAUGAAUGGAGAUACGUGGUAGAAAAUCAAUAUGGUAGUGGUGGAAUGGAAAAUGGAUUAUGUCCAAACCGUGGAGAAUCACAACCAAUGAAUGCUACAUCAAGGUCCCUUGUCCUAGUGAACUACUUCCCAACCGCUCCAGAUUUGCUGUCAGCUUGCAAAUACAAUUCAGAACCUUUGAUUGAGAUGACGAAGACAUGCUAUCUAGCAGCUGGUAAAAGGUGGCCUAAUUUUAUUGCAGUUGAUUUUUACAAGAAAAGUGAUGGAGGAGGAGCACCUGAAGCUGUAGAUUUCGCAAAUGGGGAGUUAAUCUGUGGUUGCAAAAGUGUAUCUGUGUGCAAGGAAAAUAUGGUCUUUGGAACGUGUGGCAAUCCUCCAACUACAACGAGUGCUGCCCCCAGUCCAGGACCAGAACCCAGCUCCGGUAAAUUUGAUAGCCAACCCAUUCAACUACAAUGGAUGUUCAGUUUACCGCUUUUGGCAAUCCUAUCAUUGUGAAUUCCGAUCAUUCAGCAGCAUUCAUUCUUUCGUUCUAGGCUUAAUAUGGCAUCUUACUUAGUGGAUUGAUGAACUGUUGAUAUGGUUGGUUUUUUUUUUUAAAAAAAAGGGUCGUUUGACAUCCUACUGACAGAACCGAUGAUAUGUUAAUGUAAGUAGACUACAUGGCUAAUAAAGUAGUUUCGUUCUAAGCACAAUUUU